GACGUUUCAUGGCCUUUAUAUUGGAGGUAUUUUGGAGCAGCAUGUGUGUUUCAGACUUUUACACCUCUUGUUGGGUCAAAUGUGAAUUUAAUGGAAAUCAUUUGUUCAGUUCUCCACCGUGCGUAAAAGUUGCAGUCCUGUGCGUAAACGGCUGGAAGCCCUCCGUGCCAUGUCGAAAGGUCUCUUGGUGAAAACUUUGGGGGAUCUGAACCUGCAUCCUGACUAUGUCCCUCGAGACACUUGCUCGUCCCUCACACUGUCCUCCUCUGGCAGAUCGGGCAGCACUCAGCCGAACAUCAGCUCCUCUUAUCGGGGGUGGCAGCAGCACACCGGGUCUCUCUACAGCAGGAACAGCAGCUGGGACACGGUGAGCUCGCUGCCGGAGGACGCAGCAGACAUUCUGGCCAAGUGUCCUUGUCUGCCCGAACUGGAGGAGUAUCCCUGGACGGAGCAGGAUCUGUGGGAAGUCGUGCGUAAUGUCACCGGGUCGCAUGCUUCUUUCACCGCGGACGCAGUCCAUCAGCUGUCCGUCCUGCUGCGGAGAGCUUUGGUGCGCAUCUCCCGAGAGGCGCAGAGGCUGAGUGCGCUCCACAGGCGUUGCACGCGCCUGGACAUCCAGAGCGCGGUGAGGCUGGUUCUGAGCUGGGCUUUGGCCGAGAGGUGCGUCUCCUGUGCCGUGAGAGCCGUGUCCCUGCAGUGCAUGAGCUCCGAAGACACCGUGCGUCAAUUUGGCAAGUCUACAUGCUGCGGGCUCCGGCUGUCGGUGGGUCGCUUCUUCAGGUGGAUGGUGGAAACCCGCGUGUCUGUCCGCGUGCACGAGUACGCCGCCGUAUAUCUGACGGCGGCCGUGGAGGCUUUGGCGGAGGAGAUAUCCCGGCGGGCCCUGCAGGCGGUCAGGCUGACUGGGGAGGAGGUGCGGGGCGGCGGCGGCGGUGUCACCUGCAGCGCGGUGACCGCGGACGCGCUGGACGGAGCCAUUAACGGUGACGCGGAGCUGUGGGGGGUGCUGCAAGUCUGCCAGCAUCUGAUGUGUGGCAGAAAUGCCAACGGUGAGUGUUCCAGGAGACUUUUUAAAUGUGCUUUCAAAAUGAAAAAGGAGUGCGAUGGUGAAGGACAUCCAAUCAUCCAGUUUGCUGCACUAUAA